UGUGUUUAGUCAGUAAAUCAAAGAUGGCCGCCGCAAUGGCUGGUCCUGUCACACAUUCGACCGCAGAAUGGCUCGUAGAUAGAGCGAAAGACAGCCUGAAACAGGAUAAAUUCUACGAGGCGAAAUCGUGGCUUCUCACGGCCAAGACUCUCUACCCAAGAAACUUUUUUAUUCAGCAUGAGGCGUACAACAUUGAACGAAAUGCGAGACGGGUAAAGGAGGCUGCAGACCUGUUUUGUGAGAUGUUUGAGCAGUUUCCAGAUGAAAGUCCUUUGUGGAAGGACAUAUUUCACAUCAUUGGUGCCUUAGAGAAUGAUAAACCAGAUGUCAAGGGGGAAUUUCUCAAAGACAUGUUUAACUGUCUUCCUGAGCAUGUGCAGAGGGAAGCUCUUCUGCAAGCUUCUGGACGGUGUAAAGACUGCAUUGAAAAAUGCUGUGUCAUGCUGCUGUUGCUUAGAAGGUUCCCCGAUGCCAUUCCCAAAAAUGGGACAACUCUCACAGACAUUCUGAUAGAUGCUGAGCAUGCUGAGUACCCAACAAACCCUAUCAACUCCUAUCGGCGGCUUUUAGUUUGUGAUGUGCUACCACAUCUUCUUGCAAGUGAUGGUAUCAUGAUAGAAUCAGAAUCCUCUGGUCAGGAAGGGAGACCUGUUAUUCCACUUCAGCUGGUCUACAAAUGGCUUGAGCUGUCAAUCCAAUUUUAUGCCUUCUGCGGGACCACGCCCCAGUGUUCCCAGGAUUCACCAUUCCCAGCAGAAUCCACACCUGUAUCUACACCCAGUAACAUCAAAGAGAUCAUUGCUCAUGUUCAUGAGGGGAGGGGUCCCUGGGGGGCCAUGUAUGACAUGUUUUGUCUGAUUGCCAAGAAAUGUAAUUGGACAGAGGUCUCCAUCGUGAUAGACCAGCUGGAUCCACUGUUGCAUAGGAGCACUAGAGAAAGGUGGGCAUGCCUACUGGGUAUUCACCAAUGGCUUAAAAAGACAGCAAAGCAUGGAACAGGGGAAAAAACGAUUGAUGAAGCAAGAGAGAAAGCUGGGCUCUUCUAUGCUAUGAUCAUUAUCUUUGUGCAGUCUGUCUGGGAGUAUUGCAAGGCCGUUAAUAGGAUUGACACAUCAGGUAAUCCAUGCCUUACAUCAGGUCCUCGGUUAGUUCUUAUUGAAGAUGUUGGGGCCUCAUUCAGCGAGAGCUUGUCUCCAGGAGAAACAUCAAAUAGCGGCUCUGCCCCUAAAAAGAAGAAAAAGAAGAGUGGGACGUCUCCCUUGUCUCCUAAAGAAGAUAGCAGAUCAAAACAAACACCUUCUGUUGUUGUGAGCAAAAGCUGUGGGAGCAUGAGUUCAAGUCUUGCUGAUGAAUUUGUUGUGGCAGUGGACUCAUGGCAGAUUCUCAAUGUUCACACAGAUUACAAAACAGAAUUUAGUCGCAUUCUCGAGGAGUGGAAUGUCGACCAAUGGUUAUGGAUGGACUCAUUCAAUAUGGACAGAAUGAUAUACAAGGCCAAAUACAAGAAAGUAGUGGAGUUCCUAGAACAGCAAAAAAAGUUCUUUCAAUCCCCAUCAGCACCGACCGCCCGGCUUACAGAGCUCCAGAUAAGGUGCAGCCUUCAACUUUCCUGUUGCUACUUUUACCAAGAAGAUUAUAAGAGUGCGUGUGCCGAAGUGCUGGAUGCAUUGAAGAUAUUUCCGCCAUCAUUAUCACCCAACUCAGCCAUGGCAGAAUGCAAGACCCUGAAGCGCUCUACUUCUGUUACACAAGGAGCAAGUGGUCGAGAUGUGACGACAUGGGGAGCGUCCACAGGUCGAUUUCUGCAGCUCAUUCCUUGCACAGAAUCUGAAGUGCUGUCAUUUUGUAUACGUCUGCUCAUAACUUGUUUUAAGCUACGCAUUUCCCAGGAAAGCCGCACUAGUAUCAGUAACUUGUUCCGGCACCUGAUUGUACUACUACAAUAUGACUGGCCAAGAGAAGAGACCACAUUCUAUGAAAUGCUGGAAAAGAUACGUGCAAAUGGAGGACUGACAUAUCGUUCCUUUUUCGACUAUGUUGUCAACAUCGAUAUGCUUGAAGAGUUUGCACACAUGAACAAUGAAGGAAUACUCAAGCUCGACUUCCUGCCCAAGUCCUCCUCUGCUACCAGAGCUCGUACCGUGACAAGAGGUGUGAACAAAGGCGUGAAGGAGGAUUUCCGCUCCGCUAUGGAGAAACAAGUCAUGCGCAGCGAUGAGAGCAUUGAGCCUCUCCUCAAGGGCUUCUUUGAAGAAAACCAAAGCCACAUCGUCAAGUUGAUGAGCCCGGCCUCCACAUCUUAGGGACGCCUUUUUUGUAUUGUGGUGAAGAGAAAUUAGGGGGGGAGGGGUUCGUCGGAUUAUGCCAAACUGAAAAAAAGAAGUUUUGAAAAAAUAAACAUUUGUAAAAUACUGUAGAAUUCAAAUAAAGUAUUGGAAGCAUG